GGUGACCUUAAUAAAUAACUAAUGAAUCCCAGGUUUCGGUUUAAAAAGUAUAAAGCCGGGCCAAAUGGCCACUUAUUUUCCUAGAGGCGGGUUUUGUUCAUCAGAAACAGGCGAAGCAGUCGUGUUAUUCUGGCUUGUGGACAAUGUGCAGUGUGAACAUCAGCGAAGUGGAAUUGGUUUCAGGUUUACGGCGGUUCGCCUGUCUUCAUAUCGAUUGCGAAGCGAAGUUUACCAAAGAGUGGCGUUUAAAGGAACACCAGACUCUGCAUACCGGGGAGCGGCCUUUGCUAUGCCGGGUACCGGGAUGCGGUCACCGUUUCUCUCGGAAGUCCCACCUGAGGCGGCAUCAUCUCUGCCACAGCGGAGAGAAGCGAUUUAGGUGUGCCGAUGUUAAUUGUGCCAUGGCCUUCUUUAAUGCGGACAAAUUGAGGAGACAUGUCCGCUACGCCCACGGUGAUAAGGAUAAGUAUUUUAAGUGCCAAUACCCUGACUGCACAGAGACCUUUAGUAAAAGGAAGGCAUACAAGAGGCACCUGAACCUGCAUAGCCCCACACCCAGCUUCAAGUGCACAAAAGAUGGAUGCCAAGCAAUCUAUACCACCAUUGCUGCUCGCCACGCUCAUGAGAGAACCCAUGCAGGAUACGCCUGCCCAUAUCCUGCCUGCCAUGUAGUGGAGUAUACCUGGGGAAAUCUCUGCAAGCAUGUUAAAAGGCACCCAGUUACUUUCUCCUGUAAGAAAUGUGAGAAGACCUUUGGAAAAAGGUCUGCGCUGCGGAGGCACGCCCGUUGCCAUGCAAAGAAGCCUGUACUGCUGUGUCCCAGUGAUGAUUGCCACGCCAGCUUCUCCACCCCCUUCAACCUGGAGCACCACAUUCGCAAGGUGCACCUGAAACUCUUGAAGUUCACAUGCUACUACCCUGACUGUCAUCGUGCCUUUGCCAUGCAGGAGAGCCUGAACAGGCAUAUUCUGCACCAUGAUCCAGAAAGAAGCACGGUUAAGCAGCUGCCAGCCCAGAGAGACCGUAAGAUUUGGCAAAAGUCUCACCAACCCCCCCUAGUGGAGGAUGACCUCCGGCGCCUCUUCUCCCUGCACAUGCGAUUUACUCGCCGGGGGAAGCUAGAGGCAGACCUUUCUGGCCUUUUCAAUGAGCGAAAGAUCCGUCAUCUUGUUGACCCAGAGGUCAACUUGCAUGAUCUUUUCAGUCUUAAGCCUCCAUGUUCUGUGGCACCUGACAAUGAGGCCAUGCCUGUCAAAUGUUAAGUCGAACGUACAGCUAGCAUGCAUACGAGAUGCAGAAGGUACAUUCAGCAACAUCUUAAUUUUCAUGUUUUGACAAUUGCAAGUUUCAGUAGAAAACUGACUUGGAACUGAAUUUCUUUUUCAUGUGAAUUAGUUUUAGGUUCAGCAUCAAAGGCUUUUUUUUUUUUUUUUUUUCUCCUUUAAGGAUUUAGGUAGCAAUGGCUGUAGGAUGACUGUCUAGCUUGGUUCAAGGUUUAAAUUUAAUUUGCCUAGCCAUACAGUUCUAUUCAAAUGUACAGUAAACUGAUCUGGAACUGGCCAAAGACUGAUCUCCUUGUUUUCUGACAAAAUAAAAUGAAGAAAUGGUAAUGCUUCAGGAGUCCUUGAAGGCUUGAGCUGUGUGAGGGACUACAGAAGUGUUAUCACAGAACUGUGAAGUGGUCUUCUGCUCCCCUUCAGGGUCAAUUUAAUGUCAUUUAAAUGCCAUGUUUGUGCCCGUUGCCUCAUCCUUUUCAAUUAUUUUUUUUUUUUUUUUUUAAACUUGUAAACUUUGAAUGGAUUUUCUAAACAAGUUUCUCUAACACAGCUCUGGUUCAAUGCGAUUGCAUCGCCAAGUACUGAUGGGGCUGGAUUUAAAAAUUAGUAUUUAAAGUCUUUGAAAGUUUAUUCUUCGGUGGUCUUCUAGUUUUGGUUCUAGUAAUCUCUGUAGCAGUGUAAUUGGUUCAGGUUGCUCAUGCAGUGUGUCCUUAGCUGAAUGAGCGUUACACCUCACAUGAGUCUAUUAUUUGGGGACCUGGGGCCUCAUGUAUAACGACGUGCGUAGGAUUCACACUAAAACAUGGCGUAUGGACAAAACUAGGAAUGUGCGUAAGCAAGAAAAAAUUCAGAUGCAUAAAACUUUGCGUAAGCACAGAUCAACGCACAUUCCCUUUAUAAAUGCCAAUGAGCGUGAAAUUUUACGUACGUGAAGGAGCCCACAGCCACCCCCCCGACCCGCCCAUGAUUAUGCAUAUUUGCAUAUGUAAAUCUGUAUAAAUACCAGCUUUGUUCUGUUUGUCUUAAACAACAAUGGAUAAACCACGUGGGAAAAAAAUUUAGUGAGUUUGAAGUGGAGGUCAUGUUAACAGGAAUCGAGAAGUUAUAUUUGGUGGUUUAAUUAGUGGCAUCAGCACUGAAGUUGACGGAGCGGCAGAACGUGGUGGAGUUAAGUGUUUUUAUCUAUUCGCACGCUGGCCGAAAUUGAAGUCGACUUGACAAAACAAGUGGCCGCUCACCGUAAGAGUCUUAACAGCACAGGCGGAGGGAGUGGAAUCCCCGGUCUCUCACUUUAUCGGGUGAGGGGGACGCCGAUGUCAGCGCGGGUAAGUUUUUCUCCUAGCAUACUUGUUUGAAUUACUUGCAUGUUUAUGAAUAACAAGUAGGGCGCAGAUGCGGUGUUACUUUUGUUUGUUCUUGCAGACAAUAGUACAAGAGGUGCCCCCAAUGCGGAGGAUGACACAGGCGCCGAUGGUGCUGCUGGGCCGAGCACAUCUUUGGGCGCUGGCUGCACACAUUCCUGUGCCUCGGAAACCGGGGGGCGACCAUCCAGCCAUGUACUGACUGAAGCUGUGCUGCAGUCACAAAAUGCAAUAGCACACGCUGUAAGAGAUGUUGCCAAUGAAUUAAAACAUCUAAAUGAUACGAUGUGUGAUUAAAAGAAUUAGUUAAAUAAAUGUGGUGAUUGGC